AACGAUGACAGAAGUCGCUCCAGCCGCCGCCGCCGCGCCGGCCAAAGCUCCUAAGAAGAAAGGCGCCGCCCGGCCCAAGAAAGCCGGUCCCAGCAUCGGCGAGCUCAUCGUCAAGGCUGUUUCGCAGUCCAAGGAGAGGAGCGGCGUGUCUCUCGCUGCCCUCAAGAAAGCCCUGGCUGCCGGCGGCUACGACGUGGAGAAGAAAAACUCCCGCGUCAAGCUCGCCGUCAAGACCCUCGUAACGAAGGGCACUUUGGUGCAGACCAAAGGCACCGGCGCGUCGGGGUCUUUCAAGCUGAACAAGAAACAAGCCGAGCCCAAGAAGAAAGCGGCGACCAAACCGAAGAAGGUGGCCGCCAAAAAGGCCACUGCGGCCAAGAAGCCCAAGAAGGUAGCGUUAAAGAAGCCUACCGCCGCAAAGAAAACGCCGAAAAAAGCCAAGAAGGUAGCGGCGAAGAAGCCCGCGGCCGCCAAGAAAGUCGUCAAGUCUCCCAAGAAAGCCAAGAAGCCGGCGGCCCUGAAAAAGGUGGCCAAGAGCCCCAAGAAAACAAAGGCCGUCAAGCCCAAAGCAGCCAAGCCCAAGGCGGCGAAAACGGCCGCUCCCAAGAAGAAGUAAACGUGCCGUUUACCUUCAUGUUCUAUUUCUCUUGCUGAAAUGAAAAAAAGGCUCUUUUAAGAGCCGCCCACAUUUUCCUUUCAGAGUGAGAUUUUCUUUCGUGUUGCCCUUAAAACUUAUCAGUAGUAAUAUUGGAAAACGUAUAUACAAUAAUAAAAAAACAAUGAUUCGAUCUUCAUCUCUCAAAGGAUCUUUGAUCCUCUCUCACGCGCGAAAGGGAGGAGGAGAAGCAGAGGGCGUGGAGAGGAACGGUGGGCGGACCCUGUUGUUUGACGACGCUAAUAUUAUUGGUUGUUGGAACUCGUAAAAUGUUAAAUGAUAGUACAAUAGAUUCAAAUCCCUGCAGAAGUUGUUUUUAAACAUAACGUUUGAACUGAAACGACUGCGAACCACUGACGGGAAAUCUAAACAUCCUUCGACUCUACUGGACUUUAAUAAUUUUCUCAUUUAAAUUCAUAAUAAGUUUGUGUGAGUAAUUGCAUUGUA